GCGCAAUAGGCGCGCGGGCCCCCCUCAAGGAAAGCAACAGAAGGAAUGAUUGCGAGUUUCAAACGGAAGAUGAUGUUGCUCAUGAACUUGCAAAUGGUACCUUUCCUUCCUCGUCAGAUGACUCACAGCUGAAAUCUCAGGAGUCAGGUAUCAGCACACACACCGAUCUAGUGGCUCAUCAAUUUGAGCAGCCCGUUCCAGUCGAAGCAGCUGGGCACGUGACUGAUCAAAGCAAGCUCGACUUUGAAGCAUAGGUCUCUCUCGGCAUAUCUAUGCUGGGAAAUCUAUGUCGGCCAAACAUUGUGCAGCUUCCAGGCCCUUCUAAGUUUCAGGAGCUCAUCGAUGCCUGAUGACUCUCCAAGCUCAAAUGUAAUGUUGAAGCCCAACUGUCCUGUCUCAAGGACUCACCUUGACACAGUAGGUGCCAACAAUGGGGGGCGUUGGUACUAACACCGGACCGCCGUCGCAUCCCUGGUGCAAUUGGGCAGCAAACAAUGGCUCCAACCCGAACAUGGCAAACGCAUACCAGUCAGCUUACCAACUGUCGGCUGGCCGUUGGACCGCCAACAAGAAUACACUGACAUGGCAAGGGGGGUCAAGCGUGGGGAACACUUGUGCCACCGACUAUCUAAAUUCAGUGCUUUUGGACGGGACCGACGACUUUGGGGGGUGGAAGAGAGAGGCAGAUACAAACCCCCUGGAGGAAAGGGCCCCAGACCCAUUGCGCAAGGGGGCCUGGACUGAUGAGGAGGACCAGAUUCUGCGGGAACACGUGACGACAACAGGGGAGAAGGAUUGGAACAGGGUGAAGAUGGUUUACGGGCUCCAGCGCUCGGGGAAGAGCUGCCGGCUACGGUACAUGAACCACCUUCGCCCCCACCUGAAAAAGGAGCGCUUUACUGGCGCAGAACUGCGCCUUGUGAUGCAGCUCCAGGGCCGUUAUGGCAACAAGUGGGCGCUCAUUGCUAACCACUUCAAGGGGAGAACGGACAACGAAGUCAAGAACGCGUGGCACACUCGGCGCCGUCAGAUGGAGCGCGAGCGGAGGAAGGCGCUCAAGUGGCAGGCAGCGGAGCAGAGCGGCGCGUGCACAGCCAGCUGCGGGUCGGACGUCAUCGACGGCCGCGGUUGUGCCGCGUCAUCCUUGUGCGGGAUGGGAGCCGUCCACUCGCACGGCUCGCAGGAGCUUUUCUGCUCCGAGCAGCUCCCCGGUCGUCCGUUCGACCCCCCGGCUGCUGCCUACGGGGCACAUUUAGGGAUGGACGUCCCGGUCACUCACCCCAGUCUCGUGCUGCCGGACGAGAGCUACCCCGGUCCAUGGAACCAGCCACUUUCCCAGUGGCCCGACUACCCCGCCAGCGAGUCGUGCUCGCCCCAGGCUUAUCCCCCAGUGACCUUCACCGGACCCCUCCAGCUGGCACCGAUCCCCAAGACGCAGAGCAGCGGCAGCCUCUCGACCGUCCAUUCGUGCACGCCGGUCCUGUACGGCUGCCACGUGGCAACCCUGGAGAGGGCCGCGAGCACCGUGACCGACGCGUCUGUAGGCCUCGUAAUCGAGGGACCGUCUGUGUCAAGCUUGGCAGCGCGUAGCUUUGUCGGAGACGGCGGCGAAAACGGGGCCCGUCCCGCGGAGAGCGUCUGCUCGGCGGCCGCGAAGGAGGACACGUGGCCGUUCGAAGCGGCGCGGCUCGCGACACCGUUUCUUGCCGAGCCCGCGACCGGUGCGUCUUCACCGGGCACAAAGCUCCGCAUCCCCGCGCCACCCCGCCUCGUCAUCCCAGACGCGGAGCCGGACCGUUACGACGCGAGUUGGGCGGACAACAUUUAUCUGAGCCCAAUCGGCCCCUUCCCAAACCUCUCCCCAGUGUUGCCCCUCCAGUCGCGAUCCCCCUUCGAUUUCGGCCCGCCAAAUGGCUCGGUUGGGUCCUACCGGUCACGAUCCCCAUUCGACUUGGCCCCACCAAUUGCCUCGGUUGGACCCUACCGGUCGCGAUCCCCAUUCGACGUCGGCCCGCACAGUGCCCCGGUUGGACAAUACCGCCCACAUCCGCAAGCAAGGGGGCAAUUACCGGGCGGGUCAGCCCCCUGGACCAGCGCCCAGUUCUCCUCCUGCGAGACCGGUUGGAGGGCGACGUGGGGCGAAGAACUGGACGCCUUGCUGACGUCCCGCCACGCGGAACUUGCGCUGGAGGAACUGGGCCUGCUGAAAGGAACGCUCGCCGGAUACUCCGAGUGGCCAGCGAUUGCACCAACCGGUUCUUCCUCCGAUUGGACCGUUGGGGUCCGAGUCGGCGGUGAACGACCGUUCGGCGACGACGUGUUCUCGCGCGCGCGGGCGAGCGAGAGCAGUGCAGCCUGCGGUGUGCGGCAGAACAGCGUCUGGCGUCCUUGGGGAGCUGUUGAGGGAACCGGAGGAGCUAGGAGUAGCUCGCUUGACGAAGGGAGUCUACGAACGGAAGCGCAGGGCUUAUGGAAGCGGGCGAGGGGCGUGGAAGGAGUUGUGAAAGAGCCUGUCAACCGGUGGGGGGAUGACGAGAUAAGACGAUUCUAUGCAGAAAGCUUGCAGACAGCAGCAGGGAUCGCGAAUCGAGGAGUUAGUGAAGGUUUUGAAGACGGACGGAAACGGACGUGGAGUGAAUUCAGGGAGUUCUGUGAGCACGUUGGAAUAGCUGCUGAUCAAGCUGCAGACGUCGACGUCCUAGCAUUCGUUCAGGGAUUCUGGCUUCCACGGCACCUAGGCGCUUGCCGGACGUUCGGAUCAGAGGGCGAGAAGGUGGCGUCCGCGUCCGCGAUCAAGGCCGUUUUAUCGCAUCUGGGAAAGAGUUUUAGUAUGCUCGGGCGAUCAGCGGGAGAGAAUCCCGUGCACUCAGAGAGCGUGCGGAGUUAUCGGGAAGGUUACCGGAACUGGCUGCAUGAUUUAGGGGUUCGAGAGAAGAGAGCAAAGGUGUUUGCAGAAUCGAAGGUGAAUGAUUUACUUCGAUGGUUGCAGGAUGAGGUCGAGAAGAAAAGCGGUUUGGGAAAGUGCUGUGCGCUAACCGAUUUAGCGAUCGUGAACUACUUAUGGGAGUCGUGGAGUCGAGGAAGGGAGUGUGGCGAGCUAGAAGCACGCCAGGUAGGUUUCAAGACGGAGAUCGUAGUACCUGGCUGGUCGAAGACCGUUCGGACAGAGCCGAGCGCAGAGAUCCCGGUGAGCGGCGGAUUUUUGGAGGCGGCUGCACGACUCAUUUCCGCAUGUGAAAACGAGGGUCAGGCGGUCGGCAGCGGAUUCCUGUUCCGCCCACUGAAUGCGCGGAAAAACGGAUUCAAGAAUGAAGCCAUGAAAAACGGAACGAUGCGGCGCCGAGUGCAGCAGCGACUAAAGGAGGCCGGUUUAUUUGAAGGGGAAACGUUGCAUAGUUUCCGCAGGUCAGCGGUUCAGCACGCGGCGGAAAUAGAGGGUUAUGACGUUCCCCGGCUAAUGGCCCGUGGACGUUGGUCUUCGUACGCAGCGUUUCGGAUUUACGUUGAGGAGAUAGCAAGCAGAUUCCCUCGACGGCUCCUUCGAUAG